CCCUCCUGUGUCGUCAGUUGCAGCCGGAGGUACUUACCGUGCCCUUUGAAAGGGUGCAAGUUGGUUCUGUGACGACGAUUGCUAUCGGACCCUUUGACCUCUCGGCCGCCCCUUCAUUUUUUCCCCUUCCUCAUCCUCCUCCUUCCCCAUCAACCGUGCUCACAAUGACUGUCUCUCGUUUACUUUGAGACAGUAGAAUAUAAUCCGUCUCCGAUCCAUCCCCUACCAUCUUCUUUCUCAUCUUACCUUCUACCUGUUUGCAUUAUAACCAAGCAUUAGUUGUUUGCCCAUUUACGAAUACCAAGUACAUAAUCCUUAAUCAACCCCCGCCACGCUUCAAUAACCACGGCCGCCAACAGCUCCCUUCGAUUAACGACUUCCUCAAAGAAGUUGCGAUGGUUCAAAGCAACCAUGCCGCAGCCGAGGGCCUAACCCACCCCAACGACAAUCUAUCUCCUCACAAUGACCGAAAUACGGAGAACUUGAAACCAGUCACAUCAGGACAGUCACUCGCAAGCCGCCAAGUCUCACAGCAAACCGACACCAUGAAGCCUGCUCGAUUAUCAUCAGAUGAUGUCACCUUAGCAGUGCCCGCAGAACGCGUCGCAGAAGAGACAGAUUACACACGGCCUUUCGACAAUGGCUACCACUUCCCACCCAAGUACUCCUGGCAGGAGUCCACAAAGCAAGGGCUCGCCUCGUUCUGGAAGUUCUUCACGACACCGAUGGGAGCCUUCUGGACAUUCUACGGUCUUAACGUGGUAGCCUGGGGUGGCAUGCUAUUCCUUCUGAUCUGCAACGCCGCGCCGGCCAUGUGCCAUCCGACAUGCAACGACAUCAACUCGCCUAGGCGGAAAUGGGUUGAGUGGGACUCGCAAGUCCUCACGGGACUGUUCUGCGUCACUGCGUUCGGACUGGCGCCAUGGCGCUUCCGGGAUCUGUGGCUUCUGAUGAAGUACCGGAUCAAGGGGCAGCAGGAAGGCCUCCUCAGGCUCGCUGGGAUUCAUCGCAGCUGGUUCCGUCUCCCGGGCACGGAGGAGCUGUCUCCGGAUAUCGGACCGGACAACCUCCCGGCUGAUGUCCCCAAGCAGUGCGUUCCUAUCCCGCAGGAGAAGAUGCCCAACGCUCCCUUGACGGGCGUUCGAGCGCCGGCCACCAAGGUUUGGAAGAUGGACUUUAUGAUCUGGUGCAUGGUUCUCAAUACCUUGGCUCAGGUCGGUCUGUGUGGCAUCAUGUGGGGUAUGAACCGGUAUGACCGCCCGAGUUGGUCAACGGGAUUUCUGGUGGCUGUCGGCUGUAUCAUCGCUAUGGUCGGUGGGCUGGUUAUGUUCUUUGAGGGAAGAAAGGUGAAGAGGAUCGAAGGUGUUCCCUGCAGUGAGCGAGAUUUGCAGAAGCUGGCGCAGGAUAAGGAGUUGGGCAUUUUGCACUACAACAACAUCGGCGACAAGAAGCCCAAGAAGAAGAAGCAAAGCGAUCCUGAGAAAUAGGGAGUUCUUGGCAGAGGCAUUCGGCAUUUGGGUUUUGGGACCAGGCGUUAUUCGGAGGAAUAAGUUUCGCAGCAACCCAGGAGGUUGUUAUGACGGGAGUUUGGGAAAGGAUAGGGAACAUUGUUAUGUUGUAUGGGAUACCCCUUCUUUGUGAGAAGAUGACAUGGAAAACAGAACACGAUAGGUAGUUACGGCUAGUAAUAUGUAUGAAGAGCCAUAUGGAACUCGCGAGCAGAGAUCGCCACGGGCAUCUCACAGUUCCAGGCACUGCAUGAACAAGGUCAGAAAGUGAGGCGGUGAAUAUCUGGAUCUGUCUCUCUCUCUUCAGGCUGUCCGCGAAUAUUCCCUGCCCUCAGCACGGCCCCAAACACAUGACAAUCAUAUACGUAGAUAUUCCUACGUAAUCAUUCUGUUAUUGGAUGCACCAUACAUAGUC